AAAGUGGUCAGAAUAGUUAAUUUUUAUCCAACUACGGAGGCGCCAACAACACACAUUGAGGUUUACUCCCUUAAUGCGGCCUCGUGGAAAAUGUCUAGCACGGGAGAAACUCUUCUCCGGUUGAGAUUACUAGGGGGCGAUUCACUUCUUAUUUAGAAGGGGCUGUUCAUUUUGCUGCGAUUAUGUGGAAUUCCAAUGAUCCAUUGAUUUUGUCGUUUGAUUUGUCUGAUGAGGUGUUUCAAACGAUGAUGUUACCAAAUGGUAUGGUAGGCGUGAGCACGGAGGAGAUGUGCACUUCAGUCUUCGGGGGAUUGCUUUCUCUGUUAUGUUAUGAAGAUGCUGCUCCAAACCAGUAUUGUUCCGUUUGGAUAAUGAAAGAGUAUGGCGUAGUCGAUUCUUGGUGUAAACAGUUCACAGUUGAUCUAAGCGGAGGAAUUACAGAGGUAUUAGGUAUGCGAAAUAAUGGUCAUGUAUUAUUGGAGGCAAAAACGACUAGGGAUUGGGUGCUUUCUUCAUAUGACCCUUCGAACCAUCAAAUUAAGAAUUUGGGAAUUCAUGUUACUGGAUACCAUUUUGUUGUUGAUACUUUCGAGCAGAACCUUGUCUUACUCAGCAAGCCAAAUGAUGCAUUUUCUAGAAGGCAAGUGAGCAGGAAGAGGAAAGACAGGUAAAACCAAGUUGGAUAAUCUCAAAGAUUCAAUGGAUUCAAAACAUGACCUAGUGGACGACACAGCCCUGAAGCAUGGGAAAGAAUCACAAACAAACACAUGUAUGAUGCACAAGCAUUCACGUUACACAUGGCUCAUCUUUACCAAAUAGAAAUACCUCUGAUAUGCUGAUUCUUUGGGGGUUCACUCUGUUCAUUCACUUAGAUAUUGGUUCUAUUUUAGACUAGCUUUCCCAGCCCACAACAUUCCCAACCUGCUAAAAGGAGAUUUUAGUCUCAGGCUUUUGGUUCAGCCCCCAUUUCAUUUGUAUGUCAAUACGGUUUACUGUUUUUGCAGAGAUUGUGAGACGUGUUAUUACUCUUCUUAGUAAUCAAUCAACUUUAA